CUGGUAACACUUUUUUAAACGCACAUGCUUUUGUUUAAUAAUUUGUUCUAUCUGUUACUAAAUAUCGUUUCCUAAGUAAUAAUGAAAUCUGUUAAAAAAGAUAGGAUAUUACUUGAUUCUAAACCUUUAUCAACUAUUAAAAAAACUAAGCCAAAACAGGCAUUAAAGGCUAUAAAAAAAGUUAAGGAUAAAGUUGAAAAUUUGACUGAUUUAAACAAUGUGGACACAGCACAAAUGGAAAAAUCUAAGAAAAAACGUCAGUCAACCAUUCAAAUUAAAAAAACCUCGAAAAAUAUAAAGAAACCGCUCAAAUCUCACAAAGACGAGCUUGAAAGUUUGAAAGAUAUCGAUCCUGAGUUCUAUGACUUUUUAAAGCAAAAUGAUAAAAAAUUAUUGGAUUUCAAUUUGUUUGACAGUGAUGAAUCUGAGGAUGAUAAUGAAAGUAACAUCGCUAUGCUCAAGAGUAAAAAUAAUCCCACUGUUGAUGAAAAUAAUAGUGAUGAAGAAAUAGAUGAUAAUGAAAGGAAAUACCACACACCUAAUCAAGAAUUAGAGGUAGCGAGCGAUGAAAGUGACUAUGAGAAUGAUUAUGAGGACUCCGUACGUGGUGGCGCCGAAAAAGUAACAUUAAAUCUUUUGCGUCAGUGGCAAAUAGAAUUAGAAAAGGAAAAUGUUUCCGUGGAAAUCGUUCGUAAAGUUAUUCAGGCGUUCAGUUCUGCGUUGGCAAGUAUUUCAGCGGACGAAAGAAAUGUAACACAAACUCAUUUCAAAGUGGUCGGUUCAGCAACUUUCAACGGCGUUGUGCAGCUUUGCGUAUUGCAUAUUCAGCCCGCAAUUCUUCGUAUAUUAGGUUUGAAUUCGCGAUCAACAACUCCGCUUCAUAAAACCAAAAAAUGGGCUAAGGUGCGAGGUUGUUUGCGAUAUUAUUUAACUGAUCUUAUACGACUAUUAGAACAAGUCUCUAGUGCAAACAUACUGUCAGUUUUAUUGAAACAUUUACAUCAAAUGUCUGGUAUGAUUGCCUCGUAUACAUCUCUUGGAAAAACUAUUCUUAAACGGUUAAUUGUACUUUGGUCAACGGGGGAUGAAACGAUUCGAGUGCUGGCUUUUCUUUGUAUUUUGAAAAUAACGCGUAAUCAACAGGAUUCAAUGCUGCACCAUGUCCUAAAAGCUAUGUAUCUUUCAUAUGUGCGUAAUUCAAAAUUUGUGUCCCCAAACACUCUACCCAGCAUAAAUUUCAUGCGACGGUCACUAGUAGAAAUGUUUGCUUUGGAUUUAAACACUUCCUAUCAGCACGCAUUUCUUUACAUUCGACAACUGGCGAUUCAUUUACGCAAUGCGGUCAUAUUGAAAAAAAAGGAUAGCUUUCAGGCUGUUUAUAAUUGGCAGUAUGUUAAUUCUCUGCGUUUAUGGGCUGACCUUUUAGGUGCUACAACCAACAAGCCUCAAUUGCAACCUCUUGUAUAUCCUCUUGUUACCAUCACAUUGGGAGUGAUUCGUCUUAUACCAACUGCACAAUACUUUCCAUUACGUUUCCAUUGCAUAAAAGUGCUGAUAACCUUGGCCAGAGAAACACGCAUAUUUAUACCAAUCCUUCCAUUAAUUAUUGAAGUUUUGCGCAGCAAUACUUUUAACCGCAAGCAUACAAUUGCCUCGAUGCGUCCAUUGCAGUUUACAUGUAUUUUAAGACUUAACAAGGGCCAAUUGUCUGAAAAUGGGUUUCGUGAUGAAGUUAUCGAGCAAGUGAAUGGUCUCACUUUAGACUACUUGGCGCAUGAGUCAGCAUCUCUAGCAUUCAGUGAUUUAGUUGUUCCAACGGUACUAUCACUGAAAAGUUAUCUUAAACUGUGUCGCAAUGCUAAUUAUUCAAGGAAAAUAAAACAACUGUUGGAUAAGGUUCAGGAAAAUGCACGAUUUAUCGACCAAGAACGAAGAAAAAUUACAUUUUCUCUCAAUGAUAUAGCUCAAGUUCAAUCUUGGGAAUCAAAGGUGUAUAAUAAGGGAACACCAUUAGCUAUUUACUAUGAAAGUUGGUUGAAGACUCACGAAACUAAGAAGAGACGUCAAGCUGCUCAAAUUGACAACAUCAACAUAGAUUAUGAUAUUCCAAGCAUAAAGCGUUUGAACAAAGGUGGUGUAAAAAUUAGGAAUGAAAAUGGUGAAGUCGAAUUAUUCCCAUCGGAAUCCGAAGAUGACGAACAAUUAUUGACAAGUAUAAAUAAAGAAAACACUAAAGACAUUAAGAAAAAAGGUAAUCGAAAAAAUAAAUUGGAUAAUGAAAAUCAAAAUAAACAGGCAGAACGGGAAGCUGAUAUACCAUUAGAAGAAUCGGAACAUGAAGAAAUUGUCGACAUAGUGAAGGAGCUUGACAUUGACGAUUGGUGAAAAGAAAGUACAUAAUUAAGUUGUAUUUAAUUUAAAUAAUAAAUUUAUAUAUUAUUUACAUUCAA